AUGAACGUAAGACCUUUGACUUACCUUCCAGAGAAUAAUUAUGAUCUGCUGCCAUUAACAGCGUCGAUAUUCAUGCAGGAUAUCAAAGAAACUGGAACUGAUUUGGACAAAAUAAAUGCUGAUUCUACAAGAAGACACUGGAAAUAUUUGCAGAAGUUGAGAGAAAUAUUGAGGAGGAGAUUCAGAAACGAAUAUCUGAGCCAGCUAAUAUUAUUCAAUAAUAGAAAACAAAUUCGAGAAGUGAAAGUAGGUGAUUUAGUUCUCAUUGAAAACGAAGAUUUGAAGAGACUCGAUUGGCCUUUGGGUAUUAUUGAGAAGUUAUUAGUAGGGAAGGAUGGCACGAUUAGACUAGUGAGAUUAAGAACUUCGAAUGGACACUUGAUGCGACCAAUUCAACGAUUGUAUCCUUUAGAGUUGGAUAUUCAAGAAGAUGAGCUUUUGAAACUUGAAUUCAGAAGUGACAGAAAAGAAGGGGAAAGAGAAAAGAAAGUUCAGACGAGAGUUGAACCUACAGAAACCCCAACAGACUGA